CCAGGCAAUGCUUUCUGUUUUUUCAGACUUAAAAAAUAUAUAUAUAUAUAUCAGUAAAAUAUGAUUUAAACAACAUACAGGUCAAAUGUAAAAUUGUAAUUAUUUUUAAUAAAGUCAUAGGCUACUAGGGACAAUGCAUUCACUCUAAUAAUUUUGAAUUACAAGUGUUAUGAUUAGCUAUUAAGUUUUGUGUUUGGGGUGUCACCGCUCGUUCCUGUCGCAGCGUGCAUUUGUUUUGCCUCAGUUCUGUGUGUUGUGACAUUCUAGACGUGAAGUUGUGAACACGUCAGUAAGACUGUUGACCAUUGAGUGAACAUCGACUGUCUUUCUUGCGCAGCAAACGCAAGUGCUGCAUCAACAGACUCCUUGGCAGAACGCGAGGAGGGCAGAGGGGUACUGUGACGACGAUUUUAGUAAUGUCUCUUGAGAAAUAACAUUAUAGGGUCUCUAAAUAUGACUUCGGUGUGGAAGAGACUUCAGCGUGUCGGCAAGAAAGCGUCGAAGUUCCAGUUUGCGGUGACUUUUCAAGAACUGACAGUAGAAUGCACGAAGAAAUGGCAGCCAGACAAACUGAGAGUAGUAUGGAGCAGGAGAAACCGGAGAAAUUGCACCAAGCUGCAUGGGUGGCAGCCUGGCAUCAAGAACCCCUACAGGGGCACGGUGGUGUGGCAGGUGCCCGAAAACCUGGACAUUACCGUCACACUCUUCAAGGACCCGACUGCAGAUGAAUUUGAAGACAAGGACUGGACAUUCGUCAUUGAGAAUGAGACUAACAAGGGCCACAGGAAGGUGCUGGCGUCGGUCGACGUCAACAUGAAGAAGUUUGCCAGCGCCACCCCUGCCCAGUACGACCUGACGCUGAAGCCCAAGCCCCUGUCUGUGAAGGUGGUGGAGGCCACACUCAAACUGACCUUGACCUGCGUCUUCCUCAAAGAGGGCAAGGCCACAGAUGAGGACAUGCAGAGUCUGGCCAGUCUGAUGAGCCUGAAGCAGAGUGACAUCGGCAACCUGGACGACUUCAACGAUAGUGACGAGGAGGAGGGCGAGAGGAGGGUCAGCAUCGGAGCCGGCAUGGGCCCCGCCACUCCCGUCACAGCACCCACGAGAAGAAUACGUGAUCAGGCAUGGAGGCCUGUGAUUGACCCAGAGCCCACAGAGUUUCAGAGGCAGUUGAGCACUCUGACAGAGGAGGAAUACACCACUGCCACAACUCCCAACCACACUGCUGGAAUGAUCAGUAUUGCCAGUCAGAGGCCAGACCCAUCAACAUCCACACUUGACCCAUUGGCUAAGCCCUUUGGGACAACAGUCCAUGAGAGAAGGCAGGAGGCAUUCUCAAUGUUUGGAGUGGAGGUUGUCCAGGCAAUGGCAGGCCCUUCAUGUCAGUCUCCCAUCCAAGUGGGACAGACAUUGCGGUAUGGGAUGGGAGCAACUGUUGAGCCAAAAGAAAUUUCACACAGCCAGACCACUUGUGAGGUUGUGGCCCUGGCAAAGUGUCAAGUUGUAGAGGACUUGGAGAUGAUAUGUAAGGAAGAAAUGGAAGAGGAAGUCAUAGAGUCAGGCUCCGGAAUAGAGCAUUCUGGGAAGGAAGAGGUUACUGUGGCUAGGCAGGUGGAAGUGUAUGAGAUGCGACCUGAAAACAUGGUUUCUCUGCCGCCAUCAUGCCUAAGAGUUGCCAGUGCACCAGGGUUUCUAUCCACUCAAGCAUCCUGUUCAGAGGCUCAGUUAGAAUACUGUCCAGUGGACAAUAGCAUAUUAUGGGAGACGCCAAGAAAGGAUGGGUCAGAGCUAUCUAUCGAAAGAUCAAAAGAGAAGAGAGACAUGGUGAGAGGAAUGGCAGAAAUGGUCUCAUCUUGUCCAAGCACUGUCAGCAUUCCGGGAUUUCUGUCUCCACAUCUGUCCAAGGAAGCCAAGUUACAGAGGGAACCUAGCAUGACAGAUCUAAUGCCAUCCUGCCCAAGAUUGUCUGGCACACUCGGAUUCCCUUCUCUUGAAAGUCAAGUAAAGGAGUGUACAAUCAACAUUGAGGCCAUUUGGGAGAAGCCCCCGAAGGGGAAAAAAAGGAUGGCCUUUAUGUCCACUCCACAUUUGGACAGAUUAAACGAAGACAAGGAGCUAAUGAAACACAUGGUGGCUCUGGUACCAUCAUGCCCUACCACAACAAGUAUUCCUGGCUUCCCCUCUGCACCACAUCCCAAAGCUGAGGUAUAUCCAAGUAUGUUGAGUCAUGUGCCAGCGUGCCCUAAAGUGUCCAGUCCCCCGGGUUUUGCAUCCACUGGGGGGGCUACAACAUUAGAGUGGCUUGUUGACCCAAAGUCUAUGUUUGAGCACUUGCAGAAAAAUAAGGAGAAUAAAGAAGAAAACGUUUCUCCAAAAUACAGAUCGAAAGAACACAGUGAGAAAGUUAAAGCAAUGGUUGCUAUGGUGUCAUGUGGCUCAGAUGUAUCCACGAUUCCUGGCUUCCCCUCUGCUCCACAUCCAAAAACUGAGGUGGGGCCAAGUAGUGUGAAUCUUGUUCCCUCCUGCACUAAAGUUUCUAGUCUCCCUGGUUUUCCAUCCAUUGAGAAGGAUAGGUGGGCAGGGUGGGUUGUUGACCAGAGGCCAUUGUUGAAGAGACCACUAAAGGAGAGGAAAGUCAUUAUUGACAGCUCAAAAGCAGACCAAGAGGAAAUGAAAACCAAUGUUCCUUUGAGGAUAUCAUGUCCACACUCUGCAAGGAUCCCUGGCUUCCCAUCUGUACCACAACCCAAUAUGAUGAUUAUUUUGCCUGCUUGCUCUAAAGCUUCCAGUGAGGAGGCUACAACAUUAAAGUGGCUUGUUGACCCCAAGCCUGAGCACUUUCUGAAGAAGAAGGAGGAAGAUCUUUUUCCAAAAGACAAGUCAAAAGAAGACAUUGACAAAAUGAAACCAUUAGUUGCUUUAGUGCCAUGUUGCCCAGAAGCACCCAUAAUUCCUGGCUUCCCCUCUUGCUUCCCCUCUGUACCACAACCCAAAGAUGUCUACUUGGGGCAAACUGUAGUCAACCUUCUUCCAUCUUGCCCAAAAGUCACCAGUAUUGCAGGUUUCCCAUCCCAUCAGCAAACUGACAGAAAAUAUUGGCGCACAGAUCCACCCAGAGAUCAUCGGCCAUUAUGGGAGAAGCAACUGAAAAAGAAGCAGAAGUUAUUGAUGGGAAUAAUAGAAAAAGACAAACAAGGAAUGAAAGGAAUGGUGGCUCUGGUACCGUCAUGUCCUACUGCAGCAAGUAUUCCUGGCUUCCCCUCUGCACCACAUCCCAAAGCUGAGGUAGAGCUAAGUAUGUUGAGUCUUGUGCUCGCUUGCCCCAAAAUGUCCAGUCUCUCUGGUUUUGCAUCCACUGAUGGGGCUACAGCAUUAGAGUGGCUUGUUGACCCAAAAUCUAUGUUUGAGCACUUGGAGAAGAAGAAGGAAGAGGAAGAAAACAUUCUCCCAAAAGUCAUCGGCAAAACGAAAGCAAUGGUUGCUUUGGUGCCAUGUUGCCCAGAAGAAGGCAGGAUUCCUAGCUUCCGCUCUGCACCACAACCCAACAGCUCCAGUCUCCCAGGUUUCCCAUCGACAGCCAACGUCCAGACAGGAGAUUGGCACGUUGAACAGAAGCCUUUGUUUGAGAAGAAGCUGAAAGAUAAGACCGUAAUAAUCAAAGAUAGGUCACCAGAAGACAGAGAAAAUAGGGUGUCACUGGCGCCAUCUUGCCCAUGUGAGAGUCUCACUUCUGGGUUCCCGUUCUUUACACAACUAAAAGCAAUAGAAGAACAAACCGUGUUUUCCCUAAUGCGAGCUUGUCCAAGUGAAUCUAGAGAACCAGGAUUACCUUCUAGACAGCCAUCUGAAUUAGCUCGAACCCAGGGAGAAGAAUCUGUGAGUUCUAUGCAGGAUAAUAGGUCAGAGGAUAUGGUGCUUUCCAAGCCUGACCUAAGCAGUGCAGUUGGAGAUGAAAACCUAAAAUCGUUGCUUGCACUGGUACCAUCUUGCCUCGAGGCAGCAAGCAUUCCUGGUUUCCUGUCUGCCCCUCCUCACAGUCUAGAGUCUGUAGAGGCAAAUGAGACAAGUAUGCAGACAGAGAAGAAAGAGGUUACUGGAGAACCAGCAGAGUGUGUUCUAGAUAAGGGUGUCCUCGACAGCCCACAAAUAGAGAAAAUCCCAUCUGAGGAAUCUGAGGAAAUCCAGAAGUCCUCUGCAGUGUUAGAACCAGAGCUGGUCUUAGGAUGGGAGGUGUUGGAGGCUGAGGGGUCUGUGGCAGAGAAGCAGCAGGAGGCCUCUGGCCUAGUACAGACCAUUUUUGGUGUCUUCUCCAGGGGUUAUGAAACCGUAGCAGCCAUGCUGGGUCCGUCUGGCUCCUCUCCAACAGAAGGUACAGCCCCAUCAGAGAGCUCCUCUGAACCUGUCCCAGAUACAUCUACCCUCGUCCAGGAAGUAGUGUCUGGAAAGGCACCGCACCUUGAGGGUGAAACCAAAAAAACGAUUGAACUCCCAACCACCGCUGAGCCAUGCUUGUUGAAUAUGGAAGACCAACAGUCAAUGAGUGAGGCAAUGAGACAAGACACUGAGGAUGGGUUUGUUCAAGUCCAAGAUCUAAGCAGUAUGAGAAAAUGGCCGUCAUUGACGGAGGCUGACCUUACUGAGAUCUCCAGAGGAAAAUUUGUGGUAACUGGAGAAGAAGAGAUUUACCUUGACUUGUGGGCGCAAAUAGGGGAGAAAUCAACGUUAAAAGCACAGGACUCUGGACAGAUAACAGGUUAUGUUGAUAUUUAUUCAGCCGGGUUACCUGUCGAGACAGAAUUAUCCACUUCAUUACACCAGGACAAGGGCGCCCAACAUGCAAGCACAGAGGAAGCCUCUGCCCCUACCUCACAACCUACUACAGACACGUUGCUGUUAGAGGACAAGGCUCAAGAACAUAUAGUCCCCAUCCCAGAUAAACCCUCUGAUGAUCAGACACUCGCCUCAGAUGAAACACAAUCGGAAGUUGCCCCUGUUGUCGCUGGCCAGGCUGUCCCUGCACAGGUAACAACUGAACUGGUCGCUCCUCAUCAUGCAAAGAAACGAGACGGUAGUCUUCCUCCAGAAACUCAACAGGAAGCUGAUGAUCAAGGGAUUGUUUCUAAGGUAGUCCCUUCACGGCCUCCAAGGAGAAAAGACUGUCUCACUUCAGAGCGUAAACAGAAAUCUGAGAAUGUAACUGUACAGAAGCCCACUGAAGUGAGAGGAGACCGUAGUCUUUCAACAGAACCUCUAAAGAAAGAUGAUGUCCAGAAGGGUUUCACUGCCCAGGCACCAGAGGAGAUGGUACCAUCACAUCCUGGUAGGAAAAUAGAGCGUAGUCUUUCAACAGAACCUCUAAAGAAAGAUGAUGUCCAGAAGGGUUUUACUGCCCAGGCACCAGAGGAGAUGGUACCAUCACAUCCUGGUAGGAAAAUAGAUUGUUGUCUUUCAACAGAGCCUCAACAAAAAACUGAUGCCCCUGUCCAGGUGCCCACUGAACUGGUCCCUCCUCGCCGUACUAAGACAAGCCUCACUAAAGAGACACCACAGGCAACCGGCGUUAUCCCAGCUCCACGCACAAGGGGAACCUAUAGUGCUUCCAGUGCAGAACGUUCACAGAAACCUGGCCAGGGAGCCACUGAACUGAUUCUACCAUGGCCUGUGAAGAAACAAAACCGCUUCACUCCAGAGCCAUCUCAGAAAGCUGAUGAGCCAGAGAAUCUGAUUGCCCAGGCGGUCGCUAAGCUGAUUCCACCUCAACGCACCAGGAAAGCAUCUCUCUCUCCCGAACCGCGACAGAAAGCUGACGAUUUAAAGACUGUUACUGGUAAGGCCACAAUUGUUCCCCUAACUUCAUAUCAUGUACCUACAGAGUCAUACCCCGAGUUUGGUGUGGGAGAGACUGCUCCCCUCUCGAUCAUCAGAAAAAUAGCCCCGCCCAGGCGCAGCAAAAAAAGCAGCAAAAAAACUCAUUCUCCCCCAGUGGAAUCAAGCAAAGCAGAGGAUGGCGCAGAUGAAGCUAUGGCUUUAGAGGCCCUGAAUGCUGCCUACCAAGGGUCUACAGCUCCAGCCCAGAUACAGGAUCUUAUGAUAACCUUUUCAAAGGAGUCUGAGGUGGAGACGCAGUCUCCGGAAGUGACAGAAACCGCCACUGAGUCACUCGAAGAUGAGCCAGCUCAGAAGUCCUCACCAGAAGUUACAGACCGAUUUGAAAAGGUUGAGGCGGAGAAGCAGACCUUGGAAGUGACUGAAACAACCAAUGAUUCACUUGAAGAUGAGCCAGCUCAGAAGGCCUCAACAGAGGACAUUGCACCAGGAGUAAAGAUGAAAGGCAAGCAAGAGAUCUUUCCAGUCCCAAAGCCUCGUGGGAAACGAGACUCAACCCCACCUGUCCAAAUAGAUGCUACCCGACCAAAGACCUGGCAUGCCUCUAUUGGGGAUAACACCCAGUCUACCAGAGAUGGAGGACAGUCACCUGCAGCCUCUGGGCUGGUACCACCUCAACGCAACAAGAGGAGCAGUAGUCUUCCUCCCGUACCCCCUCGUGGCCAGCUUGGAGCAUCUGGGGAAGUGGUGGUUGCUCCUCUGCGUAAAAGGAGCAGUAAGCUAAACAUAAAACAAUCGAGCAUGCCUGUUCCAGUUCCCCGCUCUAAAAAAUGCCUUAGUUCAUCUUUUUCUGAUGGAAAUCCUCCAAUGGACUCCUCAUUCACCAGCCAGGCAGACUCCCUUGAGGGCUCGCUGUCUCUCUCUCAGGAAGACAAACAAGACACCAGCCAGGAAGCCUCAGAGGGUUCAAUAUCAUUAGCCUCAAACAUGGCCUCCGAUGGGAGCUUUGUCACAAUUUCUCGCUCAGAGGAGAUGUCACCAGAAGUACAACUCUGUGAGAAGGGACUGGAGGAGAGCUGGAUCUUCACAGAAACCACUAUGUUCACAGAGGCCUUCACAGAAACUGCUAUGGUCAGUGAGUUCUUCGUAGACACUGUGAGAGAGGACAUUGAGAGGGGUUCAGAGGUAGAGGCUGUCUUUGAGAAGGGACUGGAGGAGAGCAUGGAAAGCUGGACCUUUACAGAUACUACCAUGGUCACUCAGGCCUUCACAGAAACCCCUAUGGUCACUGAGUUUUUUGAAGACACUGUAAUCAAGGAUAUUGAGAGAGGUUCAGAGGCAGAAGUGCUUGACACGACCUCUCCAACCACCGGUACACCAGCUGAGGACGACUGGUUACGUGUUGAGGGAGCCAAAAAGACAGCUCAGAUGGAGGUAGAGAGCAAAGACAUGUGGGUUGAAGAGAUGGACUUUGGCUUUGAGUCAGUAGACAUAUCUGCUGGUGGCUUAGAUGAGGAGAGACAGCAGGGGGCAGCAGACGAGCCAACAACGCCUAAAGGCAGAGCUGUAAACUCUCAGGAAACGUGUCUAGGCAGUGCUGGUUCCCCAGAAGGCCUGAUGGCCAGUCCUGGCCUUGUUACCUCCAGCCAGUCCCUACUGGAGUGGUGUCAGGAAGUCAUCAAAGAACACAAGGGGGUCAAGAUCACCAACUUCAGCACAUCCUGGAGGAACGGCCUGGCCUUCUGUGCCCUGCUACACCACUUCCACCCGGACAGGAUAAACUUUGAGAUGCUGGACCCUUAUGACAUCAAGCGCAACAACAAGAAGGCCUUCGACGGUUUCGCAGAGUUGGGCAUCUCUCGGCUGAUAGAGCCCUCGGACAUGGUCCUGCUGGCCGUCCCUGACCGCCUCAUCGUCAUGACCUACCUCAACCAGAUCCGCACCUACUUCACGGGCCAGGAGCUGAGCGUGCUGCACAUCGAGGCGGACAGCAGUGAGUCCAGUUAUGGUAUGGCCGGGGAGAGCCGGGAGGGCCCCGACCCGGAGGCCGCCGCACGCUACUGUCAACGGAUCCAAGAUGAGGCCCUCACAAUGGAGACCAAUGUGGGCGCUGCAGAGAAGAAGGCAGAUAGUGACACUAAGGAGGGCACCAAUAGGGAAGUGGUCCCACCCCCUAGAACCAAACGGCUGCAGGCUGCAGGGGAAGCAGGAGGGGCCCAAGCCCCCGUCGUACCCCCCAGGACACAUUUUUUAUCUGCCAAGUCUGGGUUCUCCCACCUAAAGGAUGUAGAUCUGGUUAAGAAACGACGGUCACAACGCAGGUCAAUAGACGAGGCAGACUCAACCGAGUUACAGGUAGCUGCAGCACAGGAAGAGAGUGGAGCUGACAGAAUCAAAUCAGAAACAGGAAGGACAGCUGGUGAAGAAGGACGAUCGGCUGAGGAGGACACCAGCCAGUAUGUGCUGAGGGAGAUGCAGGCCCUAGAGUUUGAACAGAAGCACAUUGACAGCAGGGCAGACAUCGUGGAAAGUAGUCUACGGCGACUGAUGGAGUCCGGUAGUGACAAGAUGCAGGAGGAGAAGCUGAUCCAGGAGUGGUUCACUCUGGUCAACAAGAAGAACGCCCUCAUCAGGAGACAAGACCAACUACAGCUACUGCAAGAAGAGCAGGACCUGGAAAUGAGGUUUGAGAUGCUGAACCGAGAGCUGAGAGACAUGAUGGCUAUUGAAGAGUGGCAGAAGACAGUGGCCCAUAAACACAGGGAGCAGCUGCUACUGCAGGAGCUGGUGUCUCUGGUCAACCUGAGGGACGAGCUGGUCCACGACAUGGACGCCAAGGAGAAAGGGGCUCUGGAGGAGGACGAGAGGCUGGAGAGAGGCCUGGAGCAGAGACGAAGGAAGUACAGCAAGAAGAGCAAGCAGGAGAAGUGUGCACUGCAGUAAGGCCUGGCGUUGGACACACCCGAACCAGUGGAAGGUCACACCCGAACCAGGCAGCCCAAUGGAAGGUCACACCUGAACCAGGCGCCCAGUGGAAGGUCACCUGGAUGCACAUUGGGACUAAAGUUGUAUGUGUGUGGAUCAUGACAUCAACACUGCAUGGAAGAGACUGAGAACUGUGUUAUGGGACUGCACUAGGAGGACAUAAAACAAUGUUCACUCACCCCCCUCUAUGAUAUGACUGAGCCUCAUUGCAACCUAUGACUGGUUGUCAACAGUCACCCUGCUCUUCAGAUUGUGUUUUGAUUGGAUUUAAGUUUUGUUUUUUUGUGCAUAGUGUGUGUACUGUUGGGUUUUAAUUUUGAGUAAAUAACUCAAGGACACUAGAGAAGCUUAACCAAGUUGAAUUCUUCCAAAAGGGUCGAUAUAGCUGUAAUUCAGACAAAGACAUAGCUUCCCCCGUGGUGGUAGUCAUACCCCACUUUGGGUGGAGUCUCCUCAUCUCUAAACAUUGCAUCAUUCUUGCUACAUGUAAGUGGCAGGGUAGCCUAGUGGUUAGAGCGUUUGGCCUAGUAACCGAAAGGUUGCAAGUUUGAAUCCCCGAGCUGACAAGGUACAAAUCUGUCGUUCUGCCCCUGAACAGGCAGUUAACCCACUAUUCCUGGUCAUUGAAAAUAAGAAUUUGUUCUUAACUGACUUGCCUAGUUAAAUAAGGGUAAAAUAAAAAAAUUAACUUCAGGUCACAAAGACAUAACUAACUAAUCACCAGAUUAAGUGCCUUACACUUUUAGAAAAAAGCAUUCCAAAAUGGUUCUUCAACUGUCCCCAUAGGAUUUUUGGUUCCAGGUAGAACCUCUCGGAUUUUACAUGGAAUCAAAAGGGUUCUACAUGGAAUCAAAAGGGUUCUACCUGGAACCAAAAAUAGUUAUUCAAAGGGUUCUCCUAUGGGGACAGCCAAUUAACCAUUUUAGAUUUUAGCUAGCACCUUUCUUUCUAAGAUACUGUAGAAUCUGUUACAGUAGUGUACAAUGGGUUACUUCAAAAAGGUAUUUUCUACUGAAUGGGAUAUUAGGGAAGGGGCAGGGCUCCUGUACUUAGCUACAUCAAAUACCUACAUUAGACCCAUGCAGCAGGUGGAUUGAUUCACCCCUUUUCACCUAUUGUUAAAUAAGCAGUCUGAUUAUUGAAAAUUACAAUGGCGAAAUGGAAGUGAAAUGCUGAAUUUGUGCAAACAAAGAAUGCCAAAACGAGCUUCCUCAUUUAUUGCAGUACGUCGGCUUGGACUGUGCAGACGGCACACAGCGAGCACCUGUUGUCUGAUUCUUUGAUGUGAAUGUAUGUGGAUGCUCCAACACUCAAGCAGAGUGGGAGAUCUUGGAUGAAAGAGGAAAACGACAGAAGUCAGUGUACUGCAGCUUGGUGUCUGAAAGAACAAAGCAGUUUAAACGUGUUGGAAAUAUUUUAAGCUUUUAUUAAUUGAAUAUGUAUUCGACAGAUAAUCCGACCUAUCCUGCCUGUCAUAUGUGCCUUUAACCAGAUCCAGAGUAAAAAAACUAAUGUUCAGAAGUAGGACUCAACUUUGUGUUCCUAGUUCUCAAAUGUUUAUGCAGCGAGUUCAGUUACUGUUUGUUUAUGCAGCGAGUUCAGUUACUGUUUGUGACAUUAGUCUUGUAAUGCCUUGUUUUCCAUUCAUUUUUUUUGUUUUUUGUUUCGAAAGGUAAAUAAGGAAGCGGUGGAGCCUGAAAAUGAUACAUUUCAAGAUGCUCUAAAAUGCUAGAGAACAGGAAUAUUCAAACGGAAAACAUGAGGCAAAUGUAUGUUUCUUAGUGGUUCCAUCUCAACCGUACAACUAUCAAUUGCUAUAGUCUUAUGCACAUUCUUAUUAGCAAAUCUGUAACAUGCAAAGUGUAUGUGUUAAACAAAAAACCCUCAUACAUGAGACAAAAUAUACACUUUACUUUAGCUAAAAUAUAUUCUAGUAUUAAAACUCCAGCACUUCGCUACAGCAGGAUUACUGCAGAUGUAGGAUCUGAAUUUGAGCCCGUUUGCUACAGCAAGGAAAAUAAUCUUGCAGCAACAGGAAAUGUGAAUUAUUACAUGGAUUAUAAGUAAUGGACAUUUUGUAUGGGGUUGAUACAUUUAUAAUUAGGGCAAAUCAAGUUUGAAAUUUCAAAGUGGAAAUUACAAACUUUAGAAGCAUUUUUAAAACUCAAAUACACUACAAGUUUGCGUUUCCUGCCGUGCAGGAAAAUUCUCUGCAACAAAAGAGUGAUCAAAUGAAGAUCCUACAUCUAUAUUAUUGGCCAGGCAGGAGUGCACCAGAGCUUGAUAUUUGCUUGACAUCUUCUCCUCUACACUUUGUGUAAUGUUAAGUUAUCAUGAGCGCAGGCGUUUCUAUUUCAGUGGGAGGAACUACUUAACAGAGUAAAAACAUGAUUCUGUCCGGAGUUAUUUUGGGUGACACUGGAGAGUAAUUUUUUUUUUUUAAUUUUAGAAGUGUUUGAAUUUGUGUUCCAGCUUGUUCCCCCUCUGCCCCACUGUUGUUAGUUACUGUGUUAAUGUUCCUACCACUGUGUGAGUUUGAGAGAUUUUACUUUCAGUUUUCUGAAAUAGCUUUUGGGGAAGGUUUUGUUUGUUUUAAUGUACAUUUGCACUAUUUGUGAUGUUCGGAGAAUUAAAAGGUAUCUUGGAUCACUA